UGCAUUUUUUUAUCUUAUAAGGUUUUAAAAGAAUAUACAUACUGUAAAAAAUGACAAAAAAAAGGUUUCUUUCUUCAAAAUGGCCAAAAAAUAAAUUGAUAUCAAAAAACUUGAUGAAAAGAAGAUCUGGUGGCAAACUUUAUUUUCCAUUUGUUAAAUCUCUUACUAAAUUACAUAACAAUAAUUUAAACAAAUGUGUUGUGCAAGUUAAAAAACAUUUUAAAUACAAAGUUAAACCAAUGUCAACACCAUUAACAGAAGCUGAAAGUAAACUAAUAGCCAGUUAUUUAUUACCCCGUGUUUCUGACAGUUGUGAACAAGUUAUUGAAAAAAAAUCAAAAGAAAAAAAAGAAGGUUUAAGCUAUUUUCCAAUUGAAGAAGAAAAUAUUCAUGGAAUAUUAUUUUUUAAAAAAAAUCAGAAAAUUUCGUUUAAUGGUUAUGCUCGUAUCAAUGUUCUACAUGGUGAAGUUGAAAUAAAUGGCUUUUCUGCAAAAGGCAUGUCAAGUACAUAUGAUAUUUAUUCUUCACCAACAUCAGCACUUCAAUAUAUAAGGGAUAAUACAAGUUUGCCCUGCUUGGAUGUUGAAAAGAAAAGUUUGAUUGUCCAUCUGUCAAAGAUAUUUAAAAAAAUGGACGAAUCAGAAGAAUUUAUAAAAAAUGAAAGUUUUUAUUCAGUUAUACUUGUUGAACGUUUAAACUUAGUAAUGCCUCGUGUUAUGUUUCCAGAUGCAUUGCGAUCACCGUUGUUUUCGUCAUUAGAAACAGAUUCUGUGUUAGAAACAGAUUCAUGGAGUGUGGUUGUUGAUGAAAUACUUUCAAAUAAUUAUAAUAAUGGAUGUUCUGUGAUGUUUUGUGGUGGUAAGGAUGUUGGAAAAUCAAGUAUGGCACGUUACACAAUUAACAGAAUGCUUUCCAGAUAUGAUUCUGUAUUUUAUUUGGAAUGUGAUUCUGGUCAAACAGAGUUUACUCCUCCUGGUAUAUUAUCUCUUGUAAAAGUAACAUCACCUCUUCUUGGUCCUCCUUCGACACAUCUUAUUAAGCCUGAAAGAUCUUUUUUCUAUGGUUAUAUUUCACCAAAAGACAGUCCAACACAAUACAUCCAUUUAAUUGAGCAACUGCUUGUGCAUUAUUAUAAUCACUAUGCAACUCAUGGUCCACUUAUUAUAAACCAGCAAGGCUGGGUUAAAGGUUUAGGUCUUGCUUUACUGAUAGACUGCAUUCGGAUAGCUUCACCUAAGUAUAUUAUUCAGAUUGAUUCAGUUGAAUAUGCAUCGCGUAAUUUGCUUGUAAAACUAAAUUCAGAUUUUAUUGGUCAGCAGAGGGGUUGGUGUAUUGAUCCAAAUUAUAAAAGUUCCGCAAGUAAUUGUAACCAUGGUGAUGAAUGCAAGUUUAUUCACUUAAAUUCUUUAACUAACAAGAGAAGUUUUAGUGUGAAUAAAUCUGCAACUACAAGAAAUGAAACAACUGCUGCCUAUUUUUGCACUAUGUAUGAGAAAGACUUUAAAUGUCAUGGACAAUCAAACUUACUGUGGUCUCCUCCUUUGUUGUCUAAACUUUUGCCAUAUGUGGUUAAAUGGAAAUAUCUAGCUCUACAUGUCAUGCAUCAAAAUGUUUCAUUUGAGUUGAUACUGCAUGCAUUUAAUUUAUCUGUGGUGUGUUUGGCUACAAUAAACAAAGAGUCUAUUAUUUUAAGUGAUGACACUGAUUUGCCAAAUAAAAUAAAAGAGAAUCCAAUGGCAGAAUAUUCAGGAAUGGGUAUUGUGCGUAAUAUUGAUCCUGUCAAUAAACUUUUUUACAUCUUAACUCCAGAACCGCCAGAGGUAUUACAACAUGUUAAUGCUCUUUUAAAGGGAAACAUACAGUUGCCAGUUAGUUAUCUAAUAGAACAUCCUUGUGAAAGCCACCCAUAUUAUUGUCAUGAUUACAUCUCGGUGUCAUCAAAAGUAUCCAGUGGAAUGAAAACAAGGUUCAACCUAAAACGAAAACCUUCAAGAAAUAAAAAUUCUUUUGGGGAAAAGUGAUUUGUAUAAAUUUACUUUCAUUGAAGUUAAUGAAAAGAAAAAAUGAAAAAAACUUUAAACCGAUGCCAGAAUGAAAUUUUACAUUGUAUGCUGGAAUGAGAUUUUGAAUUGUUUUCUGGAAUGAAAUUUUACAUUGUAUAAUUUUUUAAAAUAUUAGUAAUAAUCAUAAAAAUUA